AUGAAAUUUACAGCAGAGAAUGAAGAAAGCACUCCCGGGGAGAGCGAAAGUAGGGUCCAAAAGUACAUUGUUGGGCUUAGAAAUGGCUCACUCGAAGAGUUGCUGGCGGUGGCUGAGUGCACUUUGGAGGGAAAAAAUGAUGGCUGGAAGGUAAAGGAGCUUGCAGCUUCAAAUGCUCUCCGAAUUGCGACUUCUGAGGGGAACCUGGAAGCGUGCGAGCACAUUAUACGGGAGCUAUCGCCCUCUGAAGAGUCCAAACUAGAGCACUAUAACAGCACGGGAGACUACAUAAAUAGCAUAUUCUGCAUAAACAGGAUGCAAAAGAAAAGUCUCUCUGUUCUCAUGGAGAGUGUACGGGUUGGAAUCCAGGCAAAACACAGAAUAGAGUUUUCGCACGUGGACAGGGUGGAAGAGAUUUCUGGGGACGUACACGCGAUUAUGUGGAGGAUGCACGCGCUGAUUGUGUCCAAUGAGAUCUCGCAAAUCGAUGGAUUUGCACUCUCCAAGGAUGCACUUUCUGGUGUGCUUGGGAAAAGGGAGAAGGAGACAGGGGAUGACUCUCCACAGGAUGCCAAGACAUUUUCCUCAAUCUAUAUCAUCGUGUCUGUUUUGGAGGAUUUCUGCUCCUCGCACGCGUGCACGCUUUCAUUCUGCGACAGCGAGUAUUCCCUCUAUAAAAUGUGCAUAGUCCUGCUGGAGUAUGUGCCUGUUCAUGCACUCUCUGCGCAAAUGGUGGAAUUUGCCCUGAAAUACCUGUGUCUGUGCGAUAGGCAUGCGGAAGUGGAGAAAUACGUUAAGUCUGUGCGGAAUAAGAUACACUCGUGGCUGUUCUGCAAUAAGCACAGGCACCGCGUGCGAGAAACCUGCAUCUGCAAAGUGUACAAUACCGAUAUAAACAGUUUGUGCAGUGUGCUAGUGGGAUACCUCUGCGAUGAACUUAGCUCAGACGAUGUAGUUCAGCACGUGCAUGAAAAUAACUACGUGGAAAUUGGGGAUGUAGCCUUGUUUGGGGAUGAUGUGGGGCCAGAAUUGGCCUUGUUUGGGAGAAAAGCAGAACCUGGCCCUGAAAACGGCAGUUUUAGCGAGAGCUCAGAGAGCACUUCCGACAGCUUUUCGUGCGGGGACAGCCCUUUCCUGUGGAAUAAUGCCAGGCCUGCCCCCCCGUCGGAUCGUUUGGAAAAUUUGGAAAAGCUAAACACGCCCUCGUCCGGGAUAAAGAACAGCAUUCACUACAUUCUCAGUAAAGUGCUCAGAAAGUCUCUGCAAAACUCUGAGUACAACUUGGUCUUGCUUGCAUACUGUGGGAUUCAGAGCGUGCCCUUUGAGGAGAUAAAGCACGCCUUUGUCCGAGCAUCGCCUGUUAUGCAGUCGUACUUUCUGCGGGCAUGCCUGUACACGCACAGAGUCUCCAAGCAGGAAAUAAAAGCCCUUUUUGAGGGAGGCGUCUCUCCUGUGAGGGAGUACUUUAACUUUUCGGAGGCGGUCUGUCUCUUGCUUCUGUCGGACUGUGUGCAUGCAUCGUUUUUCGGGUACUUUUUGAAGCAGAAGUGCCUCUUUAAAAAGUGCAAGGUCAUACUUCCGGACAGAAGUGUCGUGCAUGUGCCGGGGAACAGCUUUAUGCGGUCGGUGGAAGUUGUUAGAAAAGCCCUCAAGAGGCCUGGACGCCUGUACAUACUGCCGAAUCAGGAGUGCCUAUUCUUUGAGAAGGCAUACCGAGUGUUUAUGCACAAGAGAGACUUUGAAAGCGCAAUUGCUGCCCGGCCUUUUGAUGCGCCCACAUACUGCGAGUAUAUAAGGCACUUGCACACACAGGCACUUGCCGCACGAACUGACCGGUCUUCCCUCAUCUCUAUAUACGAUCACUGCAGAAAGGCAGCAAACGUAUUUGUUACAUGCUUUGUGAACAGAAAGAAAAUGGAAAAUAUCAGCUCGUUGCUAAGUGUUCACAGCAUAAUGCUGAGCAUACUUAUAGCGUACAAGAGCGCUAGGAAGCUGAUUAAGCACAAAAAAGACAAGGAGUCGAUCCCAACACAGCAGGAGUGCAUUGCCCUAAAAGUGGCUUUAAAGGGCAUAAAGCGAGUGUGCAUGCACCGCGAUGUAAGUAGAAAAAGCAGCCUGCAAAACGGGAAAAUACCGCUUUCAAAUGAGGUGUCGAAGGAUUGCUCUGGUUUUCCUACACUGCGAUACGAUCUGUGGUGCAUAGCCAACUCUACAGGCGCACUUGAUGGGGCAUGCACUCGGGUUCUGGAGCACUGCUGCAUGCAUGUUGAGGCACUGCCUCUUGUUGAGUUUGACUUUCUCGUUAAAAUACGCAUAGGCAGAAUAUCUGAAAAGAGCAGCGUGUGGGACAAACAGUACGAAGCGAGCGACCGAAUGUCCAUACUUAAAGAGGAGGGAUCUGACGCAAUAUGCAGGCACUACCUGAACUAUCUGCAGAGCGUGCCUGGUGAUGUAUCUGUCUUUAUAUUUGACGCCCUGCAGAGCAGCACGGCCUUCACAGAAGACGAGAUCGAAGACGCGAUGGAUAAAAUGUUCUUUGCGGAAAACGGGGAUGUUAUAAGCGACUUCACCGCGUGGAUACCCGGCCUGUCAAUUCUCCAGAGAAGGUCAUACUUUGAGUACCUGUUCUCGUACCUUAAGAAAACGGACGAAAAGCUGCUCCUAGAGGUUAAGGCCGAUCUGAGAAAGAAGGGCUUUAUAGUGUGA